UUUCCUGCCAUUAAGUAUAUAACGUGUCAGUGACUUGUACGCUGACACCAGAAAACUUCCUGGAGGAGUAGUAUUCAGCUUCAUCAUGACUGGACACCUUCUGUUUAUUGUCCUCAUCUAUUCUUUUCAUCAGAUUGAAGCUCUGCCUCCUCCUAAACUGACAGUGACUAGUUCAGUGAUCACAGAGAUAGACUCAGUCACACUGAGGUGUGAGCCUCCAUCGUCUGUUCCUGUGUCUCAGUGUCAUUUCUACGCUUCAAUUGCAUCUAAAGGACUUAUUAAAGACUUCCCCUGUGUGAAGACACUGACAGGAAUUGAGCUUCUGGACAUAGUAAACAGCCUACCACUUGCUGUGGUUAAAGUCAGCUGUUUUUAUGAAGUCCAAACUAAAAGGUCUGAAUACAGUGACUUCUCCACCAUCACCAUACAGACUUCUCCUCCGCCCAAACUCACUGUCAAUCCACCAGUGAUCACAGAGACAGACUCAGUCACACUGAGGUGUGAGCCUCCAUCGUCUGUUUCUGUGUCUCAGUGUCAUUUCUACACUGUGAGUGGACGGACAGCCAGAGUCUUCCCAUGUCUGAAGACACUGACAGGAAGUGAGCUGCUGCAGAUGGCAAGUCUCACAUCACCUGCUGAAGUCAAAGUAAAAUGUUGUUACACUGUAAAGCGUGAAUCUCCAUACAGUGAUAUAUCCUACAUCACCGUACAAAGAACAAAUGGAGACAAAGAUAGAAUCACUGAUUUAACAACAUCCACCCCCAUUAAAAAGUCACCUGCAGGCAGAGAUGAAGCAGAUCCGACUGCUGCUAUGCCACAUAACACUGUUAGCUCCACCACCUCAGCUUCCCAGACAACAAUGAACACAGCAUCAGAUCCGACUGCUGCUAUGCCACAUAACACUGUGAGCUCCACCACCUCAGCUUCCCAGACAACAAUGAACACAGCAUCAGUAUUGGUAAAACUGGUGUUAUAA